CCGCCGCACGCGAGCCCGGAGGGGCCGGGGCUGCCGCAGCGCCGCGCAGGUCCCGCCGCCCGCCCGGCACCGACCGCACCGAGCGCUCCCCUCCCGCCCGCCCCGCGCCGAGCGCUGCUCGCACCGCACGGACCGCACGGACCGCACCGCUCCCGCCCGCCGCCCCGGCCGGGGGCCCCUGACCCACCAUGACGUUCAAGCAAGCAUCCAUGAUGGCCCCAGAGGCCACGGCCAGCACGCUGCCCAUGAGCACGAUGGAGAACUCCACUGAGGCUGCGGGGCCGGGCGAGAGCAAGGAGGACAUGUUCACCAAGCUGAGGGACAAGUUCAUGAAUGAGCUCAACAAGAUCCCCUUGCCACCCUGGGCCCUCAUCGCCAUCGCAGUCGUGGCCGGACUCCUCAUCCUCACCUGUUGCUUCUGCAUCUGCAAGAAGUGCUGCUGCAAGAAGAAGAAGAACAAGAAGGAGAAGGGCAAAGGCAUGAAGAAUGCCAUGAACAUGAAGGACAUGAAGUCAGGCAACCAGGAUGACGAUGACGCAGAGACGGGUCUGACAGAGGGGGAAGGUGAGGAAGAGGAGAAGGAGCCAGAGAACCUGGGCAAGCUGCAGUUCUCACUGGACUAUGAUUUCCAGGCAAAUCAGCUCACAGUGGGGAUCCUCCAAGCUGCCGAACUGCCAGCUUUGGACAUGGGUGGCACCUCAGACCCCUAUGUCAAGGUGUUCCUGCUCCCUGACAAGAAGAAAAAGUAUGAGACCAAAGUGCAGAAGAAGACCCUCAACCCUGCCUUCAAUGAGACCUUCACCUUCAAGGUGCCCUACCAGGAGCUGGGUGGGAAGACGCUGGUGAUGGCCAUCUACGACUUUGAUCGCUUCUCCAAGCACGACAUCAUCGGUGAGGUGAAGGUGCCCAUGAACACAGUGGACCUGGGCCAGCCCAUCGAGGAGUGGCGGGACCUGCAGAGUGGAGAGAAGGAGGAGCCAGAGAAGCUGGGAGACAUCUGCAUCUCCCUCCGGUACGUGCCCACAGCUGGGAAGCUCACUGUCUGCAUCCUGGAAGCCAAGAACCUGAAGAAGAUGGAUGUUGGGGGCCUCUCAGAUCCCUACGUGAAGAUCCACCUGCUGCAGAAUGGCAAGAGAUUGAAGAAGAAGAAGACCACUGUCAAGAAGAAGACCCUGAACCCCUACUUCAAUGAGUCCUUCAGCUUUGAGAUCCCCUUUGAGCAGAUACAGAAAGUGCAAGUGGUCAUCACAGUGCUGGACUACGACAAGCUGGGGAAGAACGAGGCCAUCGGCAAGAUCUUCACGGGCUUGAACUCCACCGGCACGGAGCUGCGGCACUGGUCCGACAUGCUGGCCAACCCGCGGCGGCCCAUUGCCCAGUGGCACUCGCUGAAGCCAGAGGAAGAAGUAGAUGCAGCUCUCGGGAAGAACAAAUAG